AUGUGCCACCGUCUCGUCCUUCCACUUCCUCCUUCGUUCCUUUGCGUCCCGUCCGUUGUUGAAGGCUACGGGGUUUUUGAUUACAGUUCGGGUGAAGGUGAAGUUGAUGUCGUGUAUGACUUCAGCAGCCAGCUCUGUUCUCAGCAUCCGCAGCUGCGGUCGUAUGUUGAUCAACUGUGUGAAUUCCUACAUAAAACACGCCUCAUUCAGUAUAACCCUGAUGAUUUCUUUCGUCUUAUGCCUGAUGAUUGCGACGAAGGCGGUGACUGUUGUGAGGCGCUGCGGCAUCCGGACGGACGAUUAGUUGAGUUGGAGGAGUUGCAACGUAUGCGUCACCUCUGCGAUUCCUUCGCAACAAUAAUGCCGAGUGGGGCCGCUUUAUUUGACGUGAUGAACGUACUUAUCAGGGACGGUCCACCUCCGGCAGCGGCGGAUUGUUUGCAUUCCUUCUACUCUGAAACAAGGCUUCUCAUGAUGAACAGGAAGAGAAGACAACAAAACGACGCGGCACGCUUAACGCUGUGCUUACCACAGGAAACAGAUAGGAAGGAGGCGGAAGAUGCAGAAGGGCAACAAAAACAGCGGCAACGAACAGACCGCGUGAUGCGAGCACUUUUGGGACACGGCAUGGGGCCCAAGAAGCAGCAUGAGGUGCGCGUCAUGCGUGACACCGUAAUUGAUGUGAUUAGCUGCUGCAACCGCUCACUACAUCCAGAAGAGUGUGUUCGGACGGUAAUGAAUGUUGGUGAGGGGAAGGGAUACGUUUCCCGUGCGUUCGCUCUCUGUGACGGGCUGCAGGUUGUUGGGCUUGACUGUAAUCCUGCACACAAGGAACGAGCAGUAGAACGCGUUUCUCAUCUUCUGCAUGGAUAUCUAAAUGUGGACGCGUCCUGCCCAUCUAUGACUGGCCGCGACAUGAUUAACUUCUUGUAUGAACCCAGAGGGCACAUGGCAACUGUUGUCUGCACGGUAAAAGCAUCCGUAGACUGGUGUGCCGUGUUGCGCGGACACGUGCGAUUACUGAAAGGCGGUGAAUGCUGUUCACACGAUUCAAUAGUUUCUAUUGAUGAAAAGGCUUUGGCAAACCCGUGGGAGCUGGAGGAAUAUGGGAUUGUGGGGGAUGAACCAACAGAAAAAAGAAGGGGGAACGGUUUAAGUUGCUUACGAGAUCAACUCGCUAGUGCAACAGCAAAGUUACAAUGCCUUAUCUGUGGUCACAUUCUUGUUCGAAGUGCUCCAACAGCAAUUGUCCGGCACGCGCGACACCACCUUCAAUCCGACCAUACCAAAGCCUCAGAUACGGAAGCCGCGCCAUUCCCAUCAAGAGAUGUAGUGAAUAAAUGGAACUGCGAUUUACCUGUUGGGGCAUUCGUUGCGAAGUUAAUAGACGCAUUUUUUAUCGAAAUCAAAGCCGAACGCCGCAAUACCCCCAUCGCCGUUAAGCAUUCGCGCUCCGCAUCUCAAAAUGAUGACUUUAACCGGGAGGAGAGCACGGAGGUGGAGAAAAGAAAAUUCGUGUCUGGACAGCGUUUGCUUUAUGGAGAAUGGACGGACGUGCGGUUACCACGAGGAACACGCGCAGAGGUUCUGGCACCGAUUAAAGGAAAGCAACAUCAAGAGCAGGAGGUUAAUAAUCGGGGCACUUGCACAACAAAUGGCACUACUGAAGAUGUCGUGUAUUCCUACGCCGAAAUCUGUGUCACUAUUGUUGGCUACGACUGUGCACACAACCAACACUUCAUCAUACGGGAUGAUGGAAGGCGCAAAGAGGGAAUUACACUGCUGCAGCACUCUCAGCCUAUAGCGACGCCGCUUGAUGAGUCCCCCAAACGUAGCGUUAAUACUCCAGCGGCGGAGACUGCAUGGUCAGAAAAGGUAAUGUUUCUUUUGCGCAUACAACCGUUUCCACCGACGGUAGCACCCGCCAUUCGUGUCCCUAGUCUCAGCAACGUCCUGAUGAUGGGACUGCACACGUGCGGGGACCUCGGCUCUAACAUUUGCCGGCUUUUUGUGUCUGGUGCCUCACCAGGGCUUGUGCUUGUCAGCUGUUGUUGGCACGCACUAACAAAUGAUGGUUUUCCACUCAGUCGCGAGUUUCAGCAGCGCGGGUGGCGCGUAGAAAUGCUGUCACUGAUGCUGGCUACACAACCAUUUGACAUGUGGACAACAGCAUCUCCAGAGGGGCAUCGCGACUCGGCAGCUCUGCUAUUUUAUCGAAGUUUGCUGAAGCGAUUGUGGGUGCGCCUGCAGGGACGUUGGCGGCAGCUGACCGUGAAUAUGAGCCAGUCUACAUCAUCAUGUUGUUGUUCUCUGGUUAAUGUACCACAUCUGGAGCCGGCUUUCCUGCGUCGGAUGGCCAAGGUGAAACAUAGUGUAACUUUAGACACGUUGUACAUGGAGGCCUGCCGUGAGUAUUUUUCCUCCGACUCUGAUGGAAAAUGGGAACACAUGUGGCAUCACACCUCCUGUGAACAGCGGGUUUGCCACUCGUGUCGGGCAGCACAAAUGAAGUUCUUGGCGGAUGAGGAAAAUAUAGCACUUGCAUCUCGAAUGGGGCGUGAAUACUUCGACAAGUAUUUCUCGCCCUUUCUCGGUCUCACAAUCCUACGAAUGUGGAUGUGUCACCUAGUGGAAACAUUACUUCUUUUGGAUAGGACAUUUUAUCUAACUGAGUCUCUGAUAACUGAGGGUCGUGGUGGUGGUUCUGUGGUUUCUCUUGUUCCGCUUUUUGAUGGUUCUAUUUCCCCACGCAUGUACGGCAUUUUGGCCCGUCGUUUUCCCGUGGCGCAAUAA